CCGAGGCCCCGGCCCCCAGCAUGAACGUGAUCGACCAUGUGCGGGACAUGGCGGCCGCGGGGCUGCACUCCAACGUGCGCCUCCUCAGCAGCCUCCUGCUCACCAUGAGCAACAAUAACCCACUGAGCAGCUAUGUUUCUGGGAUGAUUUUGAUAUCCUGCCGGGAAGCAGAGAGAGAGAAGAUGACCUUGCAGUUUGUACUAGCACUAAAAUUCUUGCUAAUGGUAUAGAAAGUAACCUUCUAACGUUUGGGAAGUUCUCAAAAUAAUUUUUGGCCAAGUCUGUGUGGGGGAACUAUUGUCUCCAUCUCAAAAAUACCAGCUUUUGGUGUACCAUGCUGACUCCCUCUUUCAUGACAAGGAAUAUCGUAAUGCUGUUAGCAAGUACACCAUGGCCUUACAACAGAAGAAAGCCUUAAGUAAAACUUCAAAAGUUAGACCUUCAACAGGGAGUACAACAUCAACGCCACAAAGUCAGAGUCUUCCAUCUGAAAUUGAGGUGAAAUAUAAAAUGGCUGAAUGUUAUACAAUGUUAAAGCAAGAUAAAGAUGCCAUUGCUAUAUUGGAUGGGAUCCCUUCAAGACAGAGAACCCCAAAGAUUAACAUGAUGUUGGCAAACUUGUACAAGAAGGCAGGUCAGGAACGCUCCUCUGUUACCAGUUACAAGGAAGUGCUGAGACAGUGCCCGUUAGCUCUCGAUGCCAUACUAGGUUUGCUCUCCCUUUCUGUAAAAGGUGCAGAAGUGGCAUCUAUGACGAUGAAUGUAAUUCAGAGUAUCCCUAACUUGGACUGGCUUUCCGUGUGGAUCAAAGCCUAUGCCUUUGUGCACACAGGAGACAACACCAGAGCAAUCAAUACCAUCUGCUCUUUAGAGAAAAAGUCCUUACUGAGGGAUAACGUGGACCUACUGGGGAGCUUAGCAGAUCUGUAUUUCAGAGCUGGAGAUAAUAAAAACUCAAUUCUAAAAUUUGAACAGGCACAAAUGCUGGAUCCCUACCUGAUAAAAGGAAUGGAUGUAUAUGGAUAUUUACUAGCACGUGAAGGGCGGCUGGAAGAUGUGGAGAACCUGGGUUGCCGGUUAUUCAAUAUUUCUGAUCAGCAUGCCGAGGCUUGGGUGGUCUCAGGGUGUCAUAGUUUCUACAGUAAAAGAUAUUCCCGGGCCCUGUAUUUAGGAGCCAAGGCUAUUCAGCUGAAUAGUAAUAGCGUACAAGCAUUGUUGCUUAAGGGAGCAGCGCUCCGGAAUAUGGGCCGAGUUCAGGAGGCAAUAAUACACUUUCGAGAGGCCAUACGCCUUGCUCCUUGCAGGUUGGACUGUUACGAAGGUCUCAUUGAAUGUUAUUUAACAUCCAACAGCAUUCGUGAAGCAAUGGUCAUGGCCAACAAUGUGUACAAAACUCUGGGGGCAAAUGCACAGACCCUUACGCUAUUAGCAACCGUGUGUCUCGAAGAUCCUGUCACGCAAGAGAAAGCCAAAACUUUGUUAGACAAAGCACUGACCCAGAGGCCAGAUUACAUUAAAGCUGUGGUGAAGAAAGCAGAGCUCCUUAGCAGAGAACAGAAGUAUGAAGAUGGAAUUGCUUUGUUGAGGAACGCCCUUGCCAACCAGAGUAACUGUGUCUUGCAUCGCAUUCUGGGAGAUUUCCUUGUAGCCGUCAAUGAAUAUCAAGAAGCAAUGGACCAGUACAGUAUUGCUUUGAGUUUGGACCCCAAUGACCAGAAGUCCCUGGAAGGGAUGCAGAAAAUGGAAAAGGAGGAGAGUCCCACCGAUGCAACCCAAGAGGAGGAUGUGGACGACAUGGAAGGGAGCGGAGAAGAAGGGGACUUGGAGGGCAGCGACAGCGAAGCGGCUCAGUGGGCAGACCAAGAACAGUGGUUUGGCAUGCAGUGAGGAGCCCUUGCCCUCAAACCAGCCUUCCCUGCCCCAGACCCUGGUGCUUGAGCGGAUCCCACAGGCUCUCCACCUCCUCCUAUCUUCCCCGUGUUUGAGAGAGAGCAUGGCAAACUGCCAAGAAGCUUUUUUCCCUCCUCUUCCUCCCCCCCCCCCCCCCCCCCCGCCUAGUGCCAGGUGUAGUUUCAGCUUUGCAGCUGGAAGCUAGCCAGCAGGCAACCUCCCUUCCCUUCCCACACUUGCCCUUGGGGUUGGAGCAGUACGCGAACCAUGAGGGAUUGUAGUUUUGUCCAAAGUCCUGGGAUGAGGAGGGGUCUUUUUUUUUAACCUGUUUCUCUAAGUCUAGAAACUUGUUGGAAUAGCAGAUGCUUUGUAUAUGAUGUGAAUGAGCAUAAAAAAGUGACAUUUUAUUCAAAAGAAAAUGUGGUUGAUAUCCAGUUCUUAGCAGGGAGAAAGUUCUUUUUUGCUUGCUGAAGCCAGGGUUCAAUCUCUCUACUUUCACUCUGUUUUGCAACAUCGGGAGAGCCUUAAGUGGAGACUUGCUGACCUGUGGAACAAUGUUUCUAUCUGAGAAUCACUCACUAGCACAAGACUCCUGUUCUAGGAGCCUGACUUUGAGCAUCAGCUAGAGCAGAUCACUUUUUGUGCCAUCCUGCAAUCAGUCGCUGCUGCGACAGGGCAGGUAGCUGUUUUCAGUAAGUUCCUUCUUCUUUGUGGUUCUCUUGGGCUGUUUGGCUCCCAGAAGCUUCCGUUUUGUGUCGGCAGAUCUGGGAGGAGUUGUGUUGGUUGGGAGCUGUGGAUGCUUAAUCCAGAGAGGUUUGCACCUUUGCCGAUUACCACAACUGAUUUAAUGGGUGAGCUGCUUCCCACCCCGUCACUGGUUUGUAGGCCAAAUAAAUGUGGCAACACUCCUGUUGGUUGAAAAAUG